UACACAGCUUUUAGUCUUCACCUCUUCUUCAUUACCGGUGCAAUCGGUGAUGUAUUUUAUGUGCGGUACGUGUGGGUGAGAGUUUUUUAAUUGUCCGUCAAUCGAGUUCGAAAUGGUGUGGACUUUCAAAACUUGUCUGCUGCUAACUUAUAUGGUGUCUAUGGUGCUCGCGGCGGAUCAACAUCGACUGAAAAGGAAUGGCAGAACAGGACUUGAAAAUAUCGCACACCACGUUCGACCCAACUAUAACAUAGAGAGAAGACUAUUAACUGGAUUGCAACAUUACUCUCCGCCACAGUAUUUCCCAGAUCUUCCCCGUUCUUAUCGUAAAGGUAGACCAAGAUCACUCUCCACUCCUCCUUAUGCUGUUCAAAUGGAACCUUUAAUCCAUUAUUCACAACGUGAUCCGUACUACGAUACUAACAUUUUAUCCUCUAAUACAGAUUACGGCGAAAACGAAAAAGAAGAUCCCAUCGAUCGUGGAGGAAAAGGUGGCACUAUCUAUAUUCCAAACAAACCGUUUAUUAAGGUCGUCGAAAAACCCAUAUACAUUAAAGAACCCGAGCCAAUCAUCGAAAUAAUCAUUAAAGAAUCGAACGUCACCCUUCCCCCUCCUCCCACAGAACCUCCACUUCCAAUUCCCAAGAAGAAAAAGGAAGAAGUUCAGGUGUUUUACGUGAAAUAUAAAAAGAAUCCCGGCGGCUACGGCAAAGACGCCGUAAUUUAUGACAAACCCAUACCGGCAAUUUCACCGGUAAUACCGGAGGAGGAGGAGGAACCCGAACCUGAGGAAGAAUGGAAAGAAUCGAAACCGGGUUACGAUCAUUACAACGAAAUUCCCCAACCUAGGCCUCCCAGCACUACGCUACGAACAAUUAUUAAACCCGAUUCUGAAACUUACCACAGCCCAGGAGGUGACAUUAAAGUCACUUUUGGAAAGGAAGGCUUCGAUUAUAGUAAACGGUCAAGCAAACCUGACGACUACCCCGGUCAGCGACCAGAAAAUCACUCGGGUCAGCAACCGAGAGCUCUACAACUGACUUCGUUUUCGGAUGUUUACUUUAGAAGGCCAGAACCGACAUAUCAAAACGCUAAUCAAUUUGCAUCUGAACCCAGACAAGCACAACCGUAUAGACCAUUUAAUAAUCCCCCACCACCUUUAUCCGGCGGUCACUAUUCUGCGCCGCCACCGCCAUUUUUCCCGCAACCUAAGCAUCCGUUUCAAUCCCCAACAAACGUAAAAACCUUUAACUCGCCGCCAUACAAAUCAUCGUUCCCAACAUUCUCACACACCAUAUCACAUCCCCCGCCACCACAAUUUCAGUCCCAUCGACAAAACUUCUCCCAGCAUUCGAAACAGCACAUUCAUUUCGGUGAGGUUCCCGUCCCAGCUCAACGAAAACCCGUCCCAUAUACACCUUUCGAAAAUAUAAGGCCGUCUCAACCAUCGCCUGUUUUACCUAGCAGCCAUCAUUUCGGUAAUUAUCAGUCAGAUAUCAAACUUGCACGACCAACCACCAACUACCCCUCGGCACAACAGCUGCCUCAAAUUAAGCAAAAUAUACAGCUUAACACGGAGAGCAGGUAUCCACCGCAACAACAAAGUCCUGCUGUGCAAUCUCAACAUAACGAGCACAGAUUUAAAAGUGUCAGUGAUCACCGGCCUGAUGUAACGCACUUCAAAAAUCAGCAGAGCGACACAGAAUUCCAUAAGCAAAUAAGUCCGGAUCAAAUUAGACAACUACAACAACAACACGGACAAAAUCAUUAUCAGUUAGAGCAAAGCCGUAUCAGCAAUCAGGGGGCUAACAUUGAAACUAUAAGGAACGCUUUACCGCCUGGAGGAGAAUUAAUUCAUUCCAUUCCUAAGUACGAGCAGCACUUGCUGGUUAAUCCGUCACCUGGGACGCCGCAAGCGUUACCCCUAGUAAGCCAGAGGCAGCAGUCGGCCAACUCGUUUAUUCGAAACAAACCACAAGACGAUAGCAAUCAGUCUAAUACGAGAUCGAACGCUAUUAGGCAAAAUGGUUUUAAUCAACCGGGUAUUAGUGGAACCGACAACAUAUCACCAGUAAGACAACCAGUGUCUUACAACAGUACACCCAGAAUUUAUAUUUCGACAACCGAAUCUACUACCACCACUAAAGAACCGGAAAAGACCUCCACGAAAGAUCCAAAAAUCCUGGAAGCUCAGCUUCCAGAUGAAGUUCCGGAAGAAUUAAGACAACAACUAUUGUCUUCAGGUAUUCUGAAUAACGCUGAUAUUUCCAUUCUCGAUUACGAUAAAGUGGGAGACAUUCCUUUGUCUGCCCUACCCCCUGAGCAAUUAGCAAAUUUCUACAGUGCCGGUGGUGCUCAACAAUUAGCGUCUGCAGGAAGUGAGUCCGUUUACCGAUUGAGCCAACCCGAUUCGGAGAAAAACGUCAAGAACGGGGAACUUGAAGCUGAAGCUUCUGAAACCAACGAAGUGAGAACAAAACCCGAUGGAAAACAACCUGAUUCCGAAACUUCCCGAACAGAUACUUAUAUACCAGAAGCAUUUCUUAGUGAUAAUACAAAAGAGGUGGACCCCCUACUGAAUGAUAGUUCGUACAACAGGUACCUGCCUCUGAGAAUUAGUGGCUCGCAAUUCCCAUUGGAUGUUGCGAAUCUCAAAGGCAGAGAAAUUUCGGACGUAGUGGUACUGGCACCUGUUACUGAUGACCUGUCUGCCUCAGACAAGUCCAUUGAAAUUAAAUCGGAAAACUAUUUGGACCUCAUUGAAAACAGCCACUUAAGAAAACUGCUUGAAAAUACAACGUCGGAAAAUUACAAAACGUAUCUCCAAAGCGAAAAAAAUACUACUCCGUCAAAACAAUCGGUUAUUCUACUCGUUACUCGUGCCGGUGCCACUUCCAAGGAGAAAGAAAUAUUUAUGUUUGAUGUAGCUACUGGUACGGCAAAUAAAUUAAGCGGAGAGUUAUCGUCAGCUUUUGUGGAGGUAGCUGAAGCAAAUUCUCCCAACGAAGACCCGACAGCGACAACCGCCGAAACGGAAACACUCUCUGCAAAUUUAGAACAUUCGAAAAGAACAGAUACCAAAACUUCAACCCCAGAAUAGGUCGACCGCAAAAAUUUUAAGGAACCUGGACAAAUAAAAUAGGAGAUUUCAGACUUUUACAACUGGUUGAAUGGUGGUAGUUUGUAAUUUACCAAACGUCUUUAGUCCUUUGCCAUUUUAUUAGUACAUUCAGACGGUAUUCUUAACUGCUUAAUUAAAAUUGCGUAUACAAUUUGCGUUACUGUGUUUUAUAUUUGUAAAUACCUAGCCAUAAGUAUGAAAUGGACGUACUAUAUUUAUUAAAUGUACUAAUUUUCCAUCCGUUCACCACUAUUUUUUGAAAUAGAGGUGACAAUAAUAAUUGUAUGCAUUACGCGCAAUUAUAUUGUCAAUUGUGAAUGUAGUAAUAUAAGUACAUAUUUACUUCUGUACAGUGUACGACAUUUAUAAAUAAAGUACAUAUUUUUUUAGGAUGA